CAAUUAUUAGCACGGAUCAAACAUGUCUUUGUUUUUAUUUUUAUUUUUCCAUGUCUUUAUCUUCCUCGUUUUCCAAUUGGCUUAUUUGGUCGGAAACAUAGAUCUUAGGAAGGCAAAGUGUUAAUAAAUUGACUUUUGGUCUUCUUCUUCCCAACAACGUUGUUAGUUAUGCGUACUUGCUUCUUCAUGAAGCUUUGUGAUUGAAGAAAAAAAAGACUGAGAUUGAAGCAAUGUCUUGGGAAGAAGCUCUUUAUACUCUUUUAACCAAAACAUUCACAGUUCUUGCCUGGCCUCCGUUUAGUUUGCUUUGUCCAUUGUUCGUUUCCGUUCGGGCAAUGGAGAGUGAUUCCCAUUCCAGCAACCAGCGAUGCCUUGUUUUUUGGGUUCUGUUUUCCUUCUCAAUGAUCAUGGAAUGGGAACUUUCUGUGUUAUUCAACUGCCUCCCGUGGUGGCCCCAUGUGAAAUCCGUAGCAACUAUCUUGCUGUUGACACCUUAUGUUGGUGCAGCAUCAUAUGUCUACAAAUUCGUAAUUAGACACUACUUUACUUGGAACCUAUAUAAAAGGGCAUCAACCGAAUUCAGUCAGAAAAGCACGCAUUUUGAAUCAGAUGAGAUUAGUAAACCUGUUGAUGCCUCUGACCAGCCAAUUCCGACAAGACACAUACAAGAAAAGAAACUUGAAGCAUAUCAUCAGAUAGAUGAUCUUGCUGGCUGUGACAAGACAGAAAGCAGUUAUAGAAGGGUAACUGGUAUAAUGCUAAUCCAGAAGGAAUGGAGCUGUGCUUUAUGUCAGAUUAGUACCACCAGUGAAAAUUGCUUAAGGACACAUCUUAAUGGGAAGAAACACAAGGCUAAGGAAGAAGAGCAUAGAGUUGAGUUUCAUGUAACAAAUAGCGCAUACCUGUUAUCCUCUACUCAAAAAAGCAGCAAAGGGAUGGUUCUACUAAGGAAUCUCAACCAAAUUGCAAACAUUCUCAAUCCAGUUUCCAGAUCCAUGAGAUGGUGUGAAUGGACAAAGCCAGAGUUUGGAUGGACAAAAUUAAAUACUGAUGGUUCUUUACAUAGAGAAACUGCUAGUUUUGGGGGGCUGCUUCGUGAUUACCGUGGUGAACCAAUCUGUGCUUUUGUCUCCAAAGCUCCUCAAGGUGAUGUUUUUUUUGUUGAGCUGUGGGCCAUAUGGAGAGGCCUUGUUCUUUGCUUAGGUCUUGGGAUUAAAUCAAUAUGGGUGGAAUCAGACUCUAUGAGUGUUGUGAAGACAGUUAAUAGAAAACAACUUUGUCCAAAAGCUGAUAGCUAUUUGAAACAAAUCUGGAAGCUAUUAAAGAAGUUUGAUAAAUACAGAAUUUCUCACUCAUGGCGUGAAACUAAUAGAGCAGCUGAUCAUCUUGCUAAGAUGGCUCUUUGGGGAGACGACGUGGUUUUGUGGCCAGUUGAUUUUCCACCUAGCCUUUGCAGCAUCAUAAAAGAUGAUGCCGAAGGGAAGAAGUAUCUUAGACGAUGAUAUCUAACUCUCAAUGUUUGUUUCAGAUUGCCAUAUGAAUGGGAUGGUUAUGGAGGUAAGAAACUAAGAAAAGAUAACAAACAAAACUAGAAACUGUAAGUGGAAACUUAUGCUGAAGCUUCCAUUAGGAGGGUAUCAACAUGAUUGUUUUAGACUCCACAAAAUUAAAGAUGGAUGUAUAGAGUUGAUGCCACCGGUAAGUUAUAUUAGCAACGUUGUAGAUAACAAAUCUAAAUCCAGGCUUUAACUGCUUAA